AUGAAAAUUCACACGGCAGUCUGUUCUCCGAUCUUAAUCAGUUGGAAAGUGAAAGAAUGGCUUCAGAGCGUUCGUGACAUUGCCUGGGAGGCAGAGGACCUACUUCAAAUAUGUGCUGUCGAUUCAAUGUAUGCCACUAAUGCUCAGUUUUGUGCUUUGAGUUGUAAUCAAUUGAUUCUUCGGCAUCAAAUGGGCAGAAGAAUUCGAAAGGUGAAAGCCCGAAUGAUGGCCGUUGUUGAAGAGGGAAACCAACUCAAUACAAGUCAUUGUGUGAUGUCUCACGCAGAAGAAACGGAAUCAUCAAGUAGAUCCCAGAGACAACAGCUUACGAGACUAAGUCUCCUGCCCAGCGAUUCGAAACCAGUGGGGAUACAGUCCAAGAUUGAAAGCAUGGUGAAUUUGCUAGAAAACCCCGAGUUUCCAAUUAUUGCAGUGGUUGGAAUGGGGGGAAUCGGCAAGACCUAUCUUCUUCAGCAUGUCUACAACGCCCAAAAAGGAAGGUAUGAGAAAUCUGCAUGGCUUUCAGUUUCUCAGUUCUUUUCUUUGUCCAAGUUGCUCAGUGAUUUAGCCUUCCAAUUGAGUAGAGAUUUAAGUAAGGAAAUUAAGGAGAGUGGAGUAAGUGAAGAGGUAGCAGCAGAGUCGAUUCAUAGCUUUAUUCAAGGGAAGAGGUGUCUUAUUGUUUUAGAUGAUGUCUGGAGGGCUACUAGAGAAGAUGAUUUGCUAACUAAACUUGGUAUCCCAACUGGAGCUAACAGUCAAUGCAAAGUUUUGGUUAGCACAAGAAACAAAGAGGUUUGUGUAAAUCUUGAUGCUAAGAUUUAUGAGAUGGAAAGUUUGACAGAUGAAGAAAGUUGGAAGCUAUUUUGUGUUUAUGCAUUUCCCAAAUCUGAGGAAAAUAGAGCGCCAGAAUCCCUGAAGGAGGUAGCUGUUAACAUCAUGAAGGAAUGUGGGAAUUUGCCACUUGCCAUCAAGACCACUGCAGCAUCUCUGGCAAACACUACACUGCCAGGGGACUGGCACUCCAAGUUCAGUAAGCUGCAAAAGGUAGACACUCAAAAUGAUUUUGUUAUGGAUAUUCUCAAGUUGAGUUACAACUCCCUGCCUGCACAUCUGAAGGCUUGUUUUGCUUAUCUUUCCUUCUUUUCCGAGGAUGAACAAAUAGAGUGUGAGUAUCUCGUAUAUCUAUGGAUAGGAGAAGGAUUUAUUCCGGCAAGAGAAAAUCCGUGGGAUUGUUUAUAUCAGCUUGCCAAUCUCUGUCUGCUUGAAAUAUGGGAAGAUGAAUGGGUAACAAAAUAUUUUAAAAUUCAUGAUUUAUUACUGGAUUUGGCCAUACUUAUAUCCAGAGAAAAUAAAUGUGCAUUCAGUGUUGAGGAUGCACUCGAUGGUGGUCGCUGGUGUCGCCUAUUUUUGGCUGAUAAAGAUAUUGAUGAGAACACCAUUUCAGAGAGGCGUCCUGUUUCUCCCACACAUGUCCGCACACUGUCGCUCUCGGGCAAUAAGGAAAUUGGAGGAAACAUCCCAGCAACGUUGUUUAGCGGUAUGAGAGUUCUACGGGUUCUGGAAAUGAGCUACACAAAUGUCUCUACAUUGCCUGCUUGUGUUGGAGAGAUGAAACUUCUAAAAGUCUUGAAUUUAACAAAGACAAAGAUUAAAGAGGUACCCAAGUGUGUGAGAUUUCUUAAAAGUCUCAUUUAUCUUAAUGUCUCCCGUUGCAGGCACUUAGAAGCACCCAAAUGGAUAGGUGAACUUAGGUGUCUUCAGCAUUUGGAAGGCCCAUUUCAGCAAAUGCCAAAGGGAACAUCAACGCUGCAGUCUUUGAGAACACUGUGA